AUGGCUCGCCCCAUGGGGUCAGUUCGCUUGAAGAAGGCGAACCCAGUGACCCUUCUUCUUGGAACCGUCCUGUGUAUUUUCAUCAUCAUCUUCCUUGCCGGGCCCUCAAAGUCGACCAAGCCAGAGCCUGCCGGCACCGCUUCCCACCAUCUUUCACCGCCCACGGCUCCGUAUCGAAAGAAGUCCAAGUCUGACACGAGUCCGCCUCCCGUUGUCCGUUACAAUCUCAACAAUGUCACCAUAACGGCCGACCCUAUCGGUAACCGCGAGGCCGUUCUUAUCCUGACUCCCAUGGCUCGCUUCUAUCAGGAGUACUGGGACAACCUAUUGAACCUGAACUACCCCCACGACCUCAUCUCGCUCGGCUUCAUUCUACCCAAGACGAAGGAAGGCAACGCCGCAACGGCCGCGCUGCAGGAGCAGAUCACCAAGACUCAGGAUCAGGAGAAGAAUCGUUUUAAGAGCAUUGUCAUCAUGCGUCAGGACUUUGAGCCUGCUAUCUCGUCCCAAGACGAGAGCGAGCGUCAUAAGAUGGAGAAUCAGAAGAUGAGACGAGCCGUCAUGUCCAAGGCGCGCAACUCGCUUCUCUUCACUACACUAGGACCCCAGACCUCGUGGGUGCUAUGGCUCGAUGCCGAUAUCGUCGAGACACCGCCCUCUCUCAUUCAGGACCUUGCAUCCCAUGACAAGCCUGUCAUCGUACCCAAUUGUUUCCAGCGUUUCUAUAACGAAGAGACCAAGAAGAUGGAUGAGCGGCCUUACGACUUCAAUAGUUGGCAGGACAGCGAGAUUGCGCAGAAGAUGGCGGAGACCAUGGGCCGCGAUGACAUUCUCCUCGAAGGCUACAAAGACAUGCCUACAUACCGUGCCUUGAUGGCUUAUCUGGGUACCGAUGACAACAACAAGAACAUGGAGAUACCGCUUGACGGCGUUGGCGGCACAGCACUGCUGGUCAAAGCCGACGUGCAUCGCGACGGAGCCAUGUUCCCUCCCUUUGCCUUCUAUCACCUCAUUGAAACAGAGGGUUUUGCCAAAAUGGCAAAACGUUUAGGCUGGCAGCCGUUCGGACUCCCGAACUACAGAGUAGUCUACCAUUACAAUGAGUAA